UUCUCCUCCAGCUCUUUCUGCCGCCCACUCCUCUCCAACCAUUGAUCAGACUGCACUCGCCGCCGCCUCGCCGGCUUAAUUCGCCUCAUCACAUCGCCCGCUGCGCUUUUUCUUCAUUUUGGUGGGAGAGGGAGAAGAAACCAGUAGAGACCCCAUCCGCAAGCAUUUCACCAUGGCAAGCACUGAGGAUAAAGCAGUGGACAAGGAGAAUGUGUCCAACUGGAAGGACUCCAUCUACAACCCGCGGACCGGGGAGCUGCUGGGUCGCACAGCCAGCAGCUGGGGCCUCAUUCUGUUGUUCUACCUGAUUUUCUACUGUUUCCUGGCUGGCAUGUUUGCCCUCACUAUGUGGGUGAUGCUCCUCACGCUGGAUGAGUAUACGCCAAAGUACAGAGAUCGUGUUCCUCACCCAGGGUUGGUGAUUCGUCCAAAUUCAGUGGAUAUCUGGGUCAACAUAUCUGAUCCAGAAAAGUAUAAAACAGCCUAUGUCAAACCUCUGGAGUCCUUCCUGGAAAGCUAUAAUGAUACAGAGCAGGAGAAGAACAAGCUGUGCUUCUCAGGCGAGUAUUUUGAGCAAGAGGACAACAAGAUGGAGAAGGAGGCUUGCCAGUUCAAGAGGAGCUUACUGAGUAGCUGCUCCGGCCUGUCUGACACUACCUUUGGAUAUGGCGAGGGACAGCCCUGCGUGCUGCUGAAGAUGAACAGGAUCAUUGGCCUGAAGCCCCGCGGAGAACCCUACAUCAACUGCACAGCCAAGAGAAACGUGGUUCAGAUGAGCUAUUUCCCCACUGAAGGACGUUUCGACAAGAUGUAUUUCCCCUACUAUGGGAAGAAAGCUCAUGGGAAUUAUGUGCAGCCCCUGGUUGCUGUGAAGCUGUUGGUGAGCCCAGAGGACUACGGCACAGAGAUGACGAUCGAGUGCAGGGUAGACGGCUCCGACAUCCGCAACAACGACGACAGGGAUAAGUUCUUGGGCCGUGUCACUUUCCGGGUCAAGGUGUUUAAGUAAGAAGGGAAAGCGGUAAAGGGGCCGAGCCAGAGGCUGCCCCACGUGGCGAAGGAUUUAUUUAAAAAAAAAAAAAAAA